AUGAACGGGUCUCUUCCUGUUCUUGUCUUGCUCUCCUUGACUGUCGCAAUGGUCUCAUCAAUGGGAUUCUUCAUGAGUGAGUUGAAGAGCUCGGUUUCUAGGAAAAGUAGUCGAUUCAGGUGAGAACUAUGCAGCGAGGACGGCGCCGAAGGGAGAUUGGCCGGAUACUUUCCCGAAACAUCCGGCUGGAUUCAACUAUAAAUGCAGAGGAAGACAACUCGGACAGUUCACGAAGGCGCCUGCUCCGACGACUGUUGCAAGUGCCCCUGUUCAGCAGGUCCUGCGCGAUGAGAUCGGUGGAAACUUGGUGCCAUCUUCCAAAGCACCAGCUACUACCCACGUUAUAACUGUGAUUCCGACCACUCAUAAGCCAGCCACGACCACUUUGAAACCAACAACGAAACUUCGUCCAACGACUACUCUCUCAACCAUUUUGACCUCGAGAGCGGCAGCAGUAACUACUAAAUCACAAAAGGGAACGACUUUCUGGAUCAGAACUCCGACUCCUCCGAACGCUCCGAACGCAGUCUAUCCGGGCGCUCAUUCGGUCGGAGUUCCUCUCUCCGCCACAGUCGCCGUCGACUCUCCGUUCGCUCCAGAUGCCGCCCUUGAUCCUCUGAAUGGUGCCGCCGAAAGCGAUGACUUCGACAUCAAGACAGUCGGAACCCCGAAGCCGCCAAGAGCUGUGAUUGAUCCAGAUGCUUAA